AUGCCAUCGAGGGUGCCCUCGAAAUACGGCGAUGGCGAGGUCCUCAUCGCCCAUAACGACCCUUAUGCGGUGAUCGACGACUUCGUGGCGCUGAGGCUGCCAGAAGACGACGACUUCGUCACCGUCUACACCGACGCCGCUACUCUUUUGAGCCAGCUCCCGUUGUUGCUGCUGCUGGCGUUGAAGGCGGCCCGCGUGGUUCUGCACGUGGAGGUCUCCGGCGACUACGGCGCCGUCAACGCCUUGCGCGACGCUGGGGUCCCCGUGCUUGUGUCUAACGGCAAGAAUCUGGCGCAAAUUGCCACCUUGGCCUACAACUUGGCCGGCCGUUUGAGCACGCCAGUGUACCACUUCUACCCCACCUUCCAAUCGCAAUUCGGCGACGUCAACAUCUUGGACAAGGUGAGAGACUUGGAAGUCAACGACAUUGCUCUGCAACUUCAAGUGGCGGCCUUCCCUCGCCUCAACAAGGUGACCGGGGCUCACGCUGUGUUGUUGUUGGGCGAUGCCUCUGCUGACGCGGUCCUGGCAGCGACUAGCCACAACGUGCUGUUGUUUGCCGUGCAAAUCUACCAACCGUUCGAUCUUGCUCUGUUCUUGUCGAACGUCCCCGCUGAGGUUGAGACCAUCACUCUUGUCACCCAGCUGACCGGCUUCACCCCUUUCAUCAUUGACUUCUUCCAAGACUACUCGCAAUACCAGGCUCUCAAGAACUUCACCCAGGUUGUUGGUGCUCAGUUCGCUUCGUCGGUGGACUACGAAGAUGCCUUCGGUAAGAUCGUUUCCAACGCUGCUGCUCCCACCCCCAAGCAAAACGUCACUUACGGUAGCGACACCGGCGCCAAGCCCAAGGUGGUGCAAUUAGCGCUGGCUCAAGCUUUGGAACAACCCUACAUGAAGAUGUUGCAACUGGUCGACGCUUCCAACCCUCUCACUAUCCUCAAUCAAAGUACUCUGGCGCUGGUGCUGACAGCUCCCGAGUACGGGUACGGGGCGUUCUUGGCGGCCAAGGACCAACGCACUAACUUGGAAGCGGCGGUGUUGCUGGCCGUCCAAGACAACAAGUUCGUCACCAAGGACAAUACCAAGCUCCUUGAACUGUUGCUGGAAUGGCUUGUUCAACUGAAAGCCGGCACCGUUGACGCCGAGCUUGUCUCCACCAUCAUUGAAUUGCUCGAACUGGACACUCUGUCGGCGCUGAAGCCGUUGUUGGAACUCAAGGAGCUGUUCGCCAUUGGCCGCAACUGGUUGGUUGGUUCUGACGCCUGGGCGUUCGACUUGGGUGCCCUGGGGGUGCACUCGGUCAUUGCUCUGGGGCAAAACAUCAACAUGUUGGUGAUUGACUCUGAACCUUUCGCCGACAAGAAGGUCGAUGGUUUCCGCAAGAAGGACAUUGGUUUGUACGCUAUGAACUACGGCGGAGUGUACGUGGCCCUGGUGGCGAUCUAUUCGCUGUACACUCAAGUGCUCCAAGCUUUAAUCGAAGCCGAAAAGUUUAACGGGCCCUCGGUGGUAUUGGCUUACUUGCCUUACAACAAGCUGACCGAUCUGACCCUCACGGUGUUGCAAGAAACCAAGAAAGCUGUUGACCUGGGUCACUGGCCCCUCUACCGUUACAACCCGUCCCUCGAAGAUGACCUUCAAUUCCAGUUGGACUCGCUGAACUUGCGCAAGCAACUUAAGGACUUCUUGGACCGCGAAAACAAAUUGACUCUCUUGGCUAAGGCUAACCCAGUGUUGCUGCGCAACUUGACUGCCACCGCCAAUACCGAUGGUGCCGCCAAGCAAAAGCAAGUGGCCGACGAUCUGUACGCUGCUCUUUUGUCGGGCUUGUCAGGUCCUCCCUUGACGGUGUUGUUUGCCUCCGACGGUGGUAACGCUGAAGCUCUUGCCCGUAAGGUGCACCGUCAAGCCAGUGGCAGAGGUCUUAAGCUGGUUGUGAUGGCCAUGGACGACUUAGCCGUGGAAGACUUGCCCACCGAAACUAACGUUGUGUUCGUGGUCCUGACUUCGGGUCAAGGUGAGUUCCCCGUCAACGGUAAGCAAUUCUGGGAUGCCCUCAAGGGUCUGACUGACACCGACCUUGCUCUGGUCCAUUUCUCGGUGUUCGGGCUUGGUGACUCGGAAUACUGGCCUAGAAAGGAAGACAAGCACUACUACAACAAGCCUUCUAAGGACUUGUUUGCUAAGCUUGAGCUUUACGGUGGUCAAGUCCUCGCUCCCUUGGGCCUCGGUGAUGACCAAGAUGCUGACGGCUUCAACACUGGCUUCAACGAAUGGAUCCCUCAAUUGUGGACGGCUCUUGGCGUCGACAACGUCGACGGUGUUGAAGAGCCCAAGCCUUUGACCAACGAAGACAUGAAGGCGGCGCUGGACUUUUUGCGUGGUACUAUUGCUGAAGGUCUUCAAGACGAGCUGACCGGUGCUAUCAGCGCCACUGACCAACAAAUGACCAAGUUCCACGGUAUCUACAUGCAAGAUGACCGUGACAUCCGUGAGCAACGUAAGGCUGAUGGCUUGGAACCGGCCUACUCGUUCAUGGUUCGGGUUCGUUUGCCUGGUGGGGUGGCUACUCCUAAGCAAUACCUCAAGAUGGACGAAUUGUCGGACACUAGAGGUAACGGUACGUUGAAGGUCACCACCAGAGCCACUUUCCAAUUGCACGGUGUGGUCAAGCACGACUUGAAGCCGGCUAUCCGUGGUAUGAACUCGGCGUUGAUGGACACUCUUGCCGCUUGUGGUGACGUUAACCGUAACGUGAUGUUACUGGCCCUUCCUCACAACAAGAAAGUCCACUCGCAAGUGCUGGCUGACGGUGCGAUGAUCUCGGAAUACUUGUUGCCCAAGACUACUGCUUACCACGAAAUUUGGUUGGCUGGCGAAGACCCUCUGGACAAGCCUGGUGACCGUGAGGCCUGGGAAAACCGCGCUGAAGGUCCCACCAAGAAGAAGACGUUGGUGGCUGGUGGCGCCUUGGUCGAUUUUGAACCCAUGUACGGCGAAUUGUACUUGCCCCGUAAGUUCAAGAUCUCGAUCACCGUUCCUCCUUACAACGAUGUCGAUGUCUACGCUCACGACAUUGGUCUCGUGACCAUCGUUGGCGACAACGAUGAAGUGUUGGGUUACAACGUGUUUGUUGGUGGUGGUAUGGGUACUACCCACAACAACAAGAAGACCUAUCCUCGUUUGGGGUCGCUGUUCGGGUUCGUUAAGCGGGAAAACAUCCACAAGGCUUGUGAAGCUAUCAUGUUGGUGCAACGCGACUUUGGUGACCGCACUAACCGUAAGCACGCUCGUCUUAAGUACACCAUUGAUGAUUUGGGCGUGUCCGAAUACAAGGCCAAGGUUGAAGAACGUUUGGAAUUCAAGUUUGAGGCUGAAAAGCCCUACGAAAUCACCUCCAACGUCGACUUUUUCGGGUGGUGCAAGGACGAAACUGGGCUUAACCACUUCACUUGCUUCAUUGAAAACGGUCGUAUUGAAGACACUCCUGACCUCCCUCAAAAGCAGGGACUCAAGAAGAUCGCUGAAUACUUGACUACCGCCAAGCUGGGUGAAUUCAGAUUGACUGGUAACCAACACAUCGUCAUCCUGAACAUUUUGGAUGCCGACUUGGACCACGUCAAGGGGUUGAUGAAGGAAUACAAGUUGGACAACACCGAUUUCUCGGCGUUGCGUUUGCUGCUGGCGGCGUGUGUGGCUUUCCCCACCUGUGGGUUGGCUAUGGCCGAGCUGGAGCGUUACUUGCCCGUGUUGAUCACCAAGUUGGAACUGGCUCUUGAGGACUUGGGAUUGCGUCAUGACCUGGUGGUGAUGCGUAUGACCGGGUGCCCCAACGGGUGUGCUCGUCCCUGGGUGGCGGAAGUCGCCCUCGUCGGUAAGGCGUUGGGUGCCUACAACUUGAUGCUUGGUGGUGGUCACCAUGGUGAACGUUUGAACAAGAUCUAUCGUAUGUCGAUCAAGGAAGACGAAAUCUUGGAGACUUUGGUGCCGUUGUUCAAGCGCUGGUCGGUGGAGCGUAACGAUGGUGAACCUUUUGGUGACUGGGUCAUCCGUGCUGGGAUCAUCAAGCCUACUUUGGAAGGUAAGAAAUUCCAUGACGACAUCCCUGAGGAUGCUUAG